AUGAGGCAGGGCGAGGUUGGCGUCUGGGGGUCGUCUGCGGCCUGGCCGCGACCUACAUCCGCGCCUCACCCCCACGGGGGGGUGCUGAGGGCGGUGAUGACGCGCGCCGUCUGCCCCCUCCCCUCGCACCUGCGUUAUGUGGUGGAGACAGUGGUGUGUAAGCCGGAGCCGCCGGAGUCUCCGCCGAAGAAGGUGCGCAGCGAGGACUACACAACGUACGCGCUGUUACUGGACCCGUACGCACUGCACUACCGCGCGCUCUCCGCCUUCCGACCAUGGGACAAGCGCGAGCCCGUGCUGCAGCACCCCGAGCGCGUGGUGCGCGUAGCAGACUGCACCUCCUUCGAGCGCGACUACCAGCCCAACGUGGCCUGA